AUGUUAAACAUAUUCAGAGUCGCGGCAGACCUGUCUCAUCUGGCCAGUAUAUUCAUUUUACUUCAUACUGUGCGUAAGACAGGUCAAAUUGACGGUAUUUCCCUCAAGACGCAGGUCUUGUACGUGAUUGUCUUUUGCACCAGAUAUCUCGACUUGUUAACAUUCCAUUGGACUUCUUUCUACAAUACUUUACUGAAACUCGUGUUCAUAUGUUCUUCAGUAUAUGUUGUAAUGCUCAUGGAGCGUUGCAAAGUGACCAAUGCAGUUGCAUAUCGUGAUAUGCUCAUCCGUGACACUUUUCAAAUCAAAUACCUGCUGGGUGCAAGCGCUGUGCUCGCCCUUUUUUUCCACUACAAAUUUACGGUUUUGGAACUCUGUUGGAGUUUUUCUAUGUGGCUUGAGAGUAUUGCCAUUUUGCCACAAUUGUUUAUGCUUUCUCGCUCUCACAAAACACAGACAUUGACAACGCAUUACAUAUUCUCGCUUGGUCUUUAUAGAGCCUUGUACAUCCCUAAUUGGAUUUGGAGAUAUACGUUUGAGGGCCGGAAGCUUGACAAGUGGUCGGUGAUUACUGGUGUGAUACAAACGUUGCUGUACUCGGACUUCUUCUACAUAUACUACAAAAAAGUGUUGAGGGGCAAAGGAUUUGAGUUGCCAACUUGA